AUGCUUCCACCCGGUAGUCCAAGCCGUAAAAUCCUCGGAUUUCUCUCCGGCAUCAACGAUAGGAUCUACAAUCUCAUGUGGUUCCAUGACAAAGGCAUUCCAACGGAACAUGUUGACCAUACUCUGGUUACGACUAUGUUGGGUGACGAAAGCGGAGCAGGAGGCCAUCAGCCUCAGAUGGAACCGUACGACGACCUCAACGCGCGAGCCAUGAGCUUUCAUCUCAACGACAUGCUUGGAACACCAGAUAAAGUCGAGAUGUACAAGGAAUACCUGUGUAAUAGCACUCCUCGUUUCUCGUUCUGCCUCCCUUGGUAUACAAGCGGGACGCAAUCACCGGACAAAAAGGCCGGGACAAGCACACACAACGUGAAGUUGACCAAGGUCAAGUGGAACAAGAUGGCCGACCAUGACCCGCGGCCUAUUAUAACACGUUCUUUGACGGAGUCUGAGCGAAAGGCCAAGAGACAGAAGUUGGCCAAGAGACGAGGCACAAACCCUGACAUCACUCAUCUCAUCGUCACCCGCGCUGAGGAACAUGCAGCGUCGUUGGUUUGCAACAGUACAACAUCUUACGGCCACGACAUUGUAUCCCUUUACGAGAAAACUUACUGCGAUAUGACCGUUAAGAGACUCCACAACCUUUGUGACGACGUUUUGAAGGAGAACUGUUUUGACGUGCAACGAAGAACUCUGAUAGGACAUGGUGGAAUCAAUGCUCGUGGCGAAAUAUCUGCGGUCGGUAUUUCUCAGAAGUGA